AACACGGUGCACGAAACUUGACACCACUUGCUGAAUUUGCACACAACCACAACACUCGAUGGACACUUCUAAACGCAGAGACCUGCCCCUUCUCGGUCUAGUCAUUGCUCUCUUUGUCGUGAUUGCCUCCUACUACGUCGCCCGACAACCUCCCGAAUACACUUGCGCCGAUAACAACAUGUGCGGUACCGCAGUCACCAGUAUGCCUGAGCGCUUCACGCUGCCAGAGAACGUUAAGCCAGUUCAUUACAACCUGAACCUGACCCCAGACCUGAUCAAUCAUGUAUUUACCGGAUUCGAAGAUAUCGAUAUCCUUAUCCAGGAGUCUACCGACACCAUCUCGCUCAACACCAAGGAGAUCGAGGUACAAUCCGCAUACGUGACGCUCGCCGAUUCCACACAGGUCAAGGCCACCAAGAUAGACUCAUCCUUGAAGGAUCAGAUCACUGUAUUCACCUUUGACCAGACCCUGAAAGCCCAAGAUGAUACCGUUUCACUGCACAUUGAGUUUACCGGUACGCUCAACGACAAGAUGGCUGGCUUCUACCGCAGUAAGUUCACUAACUCAAAGGGCGAAGAAGAGUUCAUGGCUGUAACACAGUUCGAGUCGACCGACGCUCGUCGCGCCUUCCCUUGUUGGGAUGAGCCCGCGCUGAAGGCUACCUUCUCCGUGACUCUAAACGUCCCCGCCAACAGAGUUGCGCUGUCCAACAUGGACCCUGUCUCCGACAAGGCUAUCGAGGGAACCGAUAUGCGCGAAGUUGUGUUUGACCAGACACCCAUCAUGUCAACCUAUUUGCUCGCCUUCAUUGUGGGUGAGUUCGAGUACAUCGAGUCCACUACCCGCAACAACAAGCGCGUGCGCGUGUACACCCCUGUGGGCCGCAAAGAAGAGGGUCGCUUCGCCUUGGAGGUGGCCUGUGAGACUCUGCCGUUCUUCGCAGAGUACUUCGACGCGGCAUACCCCCUACCUAAGGUGGAUAUGGUGUGUGUGAACGACUUCGCCGCGGGGGCUAUGGAGAACUGGGGCUUGAUUACCUACCGAUCUGUCCUACUGCUCUUCAACCCCAAGACCACCGCCGCUUCGUACAAGCAGCGUAUCGCGUACGUAGUUGGGCACGAACUCGCGCAUCAGUGGUUUGGUAACCUGGUGACGAUGGAGUGGUGGACACACCUGUGGCUCAACGAAGGCUUCGCCACUUGGGUAGGAUGGCUGGCUGUCGACCACAUCUUCCCGGAUUGGAAGGUUUGGGAGCAGUUCCUGCUCAACGAACAAAAGCGCGGAUUGACCCUCGAUGCGCUGCAGAGCUCACACCCCAUCGAAGUGGAGGUCAAAUACGCGUCCGAAAUCGACGAGAUCUUCGACGCCAUCUCCUACGCCAAGGGUGCCUCGGUCAUCCGCAUGUUGGCGGCGUAUAUUGGCCUGGAUGACUUCCGCACGGGCAUGCGUGCGUACCUGAAGAAGUUCACGUACUCCAAUGCGAGCACCAAUGAUCUGUGGGCGGCGUUGAGUGUGUCGAGUGGUAAGGAUGUGAAGAGUCUGAUGACCAGUUGGACCAAGCAGAUGGGCUACCCCGUGCUAACCGUGUCGGCCGAGAACCAGGGCGAGACCACUCAGAUCACCGUGGAGCAGGAGCAGUACUUGAGUACUGGCCGUCCCGACACCGCAGGCGAGGGUCUGUGGCAGGUUCCGGUCAACGUACUCAUCGACGGAGUGCAGGCUGGCAGUGACCAGCUUCUCAACGGCACUAUCAAGGGCACUUUUGACAGUACCAUCCCCAGUGAAGCCGCGUGGAAGCUCAACGCCGAGACGGCGGGUUUCUACCGUGUGAAGUACGACCAGGCGUUGCUGCCAAUGCUGCAGAAGGGUAUCAGCGACAAGACGUUCUCCGUGUCAGACCGCACAGGUAUCGUCAACGACAUGUUCGCCCUUGCUUCCGCCGGCUACAUGAGUACCACAGAUGCGCUGCAAGUACUGUCCGCCUACAAGGACGAAGAUGACACCACAGUCUGGGCCGAGAUCAUUGAGAACCUGGGCUGGCUCUCCUCUGUGUGGUACGCAGAGGAUGAACAGACACUCAAUCGCCUGCGUAAGUUCAAGCAGUCUAUGUACGGUCCCUUGGCGGCAAAACUUGGUUGGGAUAUCAAGGAAGGAGAAGGUCACCUUACCAGUCUAUUGCGCACCAGCGCUAUCCAAGCCGCUGGUAAUGCCAAGGUCCCUGAAGUAGUCGCAGAGGCCAACACGCGCUUCCAGAAGUUCGUCAACGGCGAUUCCGAGGCCAUUCACGCCGAUCUCCGCGGCGCUGUGUUCUCAAUUGUACUGGGCAAUGGAGGUGAUAAGGAGUGGGAACAGCUGGUGCAACUCACCGACAAGAUGGAGACGGAGGAGGAGAAGCUACCCAUUCUCAAAGCUCUCGGAUCAGGCAGCUCAGCGGCUCUGGUGGUGAAGACACUGGACUACAGUGUCAGUGGCGAGGUGCGCUCACAGGAUGUGCCCUUUGUCAUCCGCUCGUGUGGCGAGAACCCCACCGGAAGGGAUGAGACCUGGGACUACGUAAAGACUAACUGGGCUGCUUUCCACGACCGUUUCUCCGCCGGAAACUUCCUGCUGGGUCGCAUUGUGACGGCCAGUGCCGAAGGAUUCGCUUCCGAGAAGAGAGCCGACGAGGUGACCUCGUUCUUCGACGCCAACGGCACCCCUGCUAUUGAACGCACCAUCAAACAGAGCAUAGAAAGCAUUCGGGCACGAGCCGCUUGGUUAGAGCGUGACCGAGAUGGCCUGGAGAAAUGGCUGGAAGCAAAUGUCUCGAUGUAAUUUUUUAGUCUCAUACUUGCGAAUAAAAUUUAGCUGAAAUCAAUGAG